CUUUGUAUUUUAUCUAUUGCAAGAUUGCAUACAAUGUUGACAAUGACAAUUGUCGUUUGGUUGUCAUCCAUCGAUUGUUGUCAAAAUAAAUUUUGGAAAAUGGCCGCGAAAGAGAGUUCAAUGGCGCAAGAAGGACAAGCUACGUCUGACGAUAUUCCAUUGACAUCCCUGGAGGAAAGUUUACUUAGCUUGGAGAAGCUGGACCGUGCUUCACCAGAAUUAUGGCCCGAACAAAUACCAGGAGUGUCAGAGUUUGCUCCCGUACAGUCUGGUAACCAAUCUCCUCCUUCGUGGAACAAGGGCCUGACCAACGCAGAUUUGCAUUAUAUGCAGCAGCUGAAUACUCUAUCAACAAGCGUUCUCAUAAUGGAAGUAAAGCAACUACAUGACUUGGCUUAUCAGCUGGGACUAGAAGAAGCGAAAGAAAUGACAAGAGGCAAAUAUCUAAACAUUUUCUCUUCAAGGCGGAACAAGUAACCACAAUAGAAACUAAAAAUAAUAGGAUAUUAUGUGAUUGUGUACAAAAUCACAAAUGGACUGGAUAAAAAUAUUUUUCACUACCACUCAGUGAACUUUACUUAUGGAUGGAUUGUAGGUUAUCCAAUAUUUUUUACUGGAAUGCAUGUUUUUUUUCCAUAAAUGUUUUUUUAUCCAUCUGUCAUGUCUACUUGUAACAGUUUUCUGACACAAUCCAUCCACCUCUUUAUCAUAUUGGUCUUAUCUCCUCAUUCCAAAAAUUUCAAGAUGUUUUAGGCUGAAAAAUAACUAGAUAAAACUGUUAUACUGGUUUUAUAAUAUGUAGUUUUAGCUUUGGUCUUAUAGCAUAAGUGUAUUUCUAGAUACCUAUAUAAAAUCAAACAUUGUUGUUAAUUUUAAAAUUUAUUGUAUUGUAAUAUAACAUACUACAUUU